GGAGCCAUCCGUCACAGGACUAGAGUUAACUGGUUUCCCAACAUAACUCCAUGUGAAAUUCCACAUCCUGAUGGCAUAUUCUACCAGCACUCUUGCGGCAGGUUGUUUUGGGAAGGUAUACAAACAGAAGUACAAUGACACCUGGGCUGCGAUAAAGAAGGUACCACAGCAACUGAUCAGCAGAAAAGACCUGGAAAGGGAGUGUCAAGUCUACAAUAAGGCGAGUCAUCCUAACAUAGUGAAACUCCUGGGUGACAUAACUCUGAAGGACUCAAAAUGGAUAAUUCCACUAGAGUUCAUCUUCGGAGAAGAUUUAGAAACCACCAUCUUCAAACCAACCAAGUCGAAAAUACAGAUGACUCCAGCUAACAAGGGCACUAUCAUCACAGGCAUGUGUGAAGGGCUGCUUCACCUCCACAGCAAAGACAUUGUCCAUCAAGACUUAAAGCCCGAGAACAUCAUGGUGGAGCACAGCACUAACAGAGCUGUUAUCAUUGACCUGGGCUUGGCCAAGUUUUUCCGGAAUGGUUUAAAUUCUGCCAUAGAUAUGGGAAAUGAAGCAUACUCUGCCCCCGAGGUGCUGCAAAGGUGCAGCCAGCGUGAUCAGCGCUCAGACGUGUGGGCGAUGGGGAAAAUAAUCACAGAGCUGUGUGCGCGGGUCAGACUUUACACCCCCAGCGUCGGUCCUGAGAAAAUCAAGGAGACUCUACGGGAUCAGCCAUACUGCCAUGCCGUCUGCAGGAUGGUGGAGACCAACCCUUCUCUGAGAGCAUCCAUGGGUGGGGUCAUAGGUGACAUAAGAAGGGCCGCUGGUGGGGGGAUCACUGCCGGGCCUCUUCAACGGGGGCGACUUCAGCCACCGCUGCCGCACACGGGUAUUCGAAACCGCACUACAUCACCCAUGAACAGGUCUCCAUCACCGCUGAAAUUUGAGCGAGCAGCUCCUCCAAAACCAGUAGGUCCAGCCCACACUCGGCCCAUAAUGCACCGCUCUCCUUCCCCACGACUGACUAAAGACAAGAACAAGCACCAGGCUCUAGUUCCUGCAGGAGCAGGAGGCCUCGAUCAAGACUUUAUGAAGAUGAUGCUCUACCAAGAGGCCUCUAAAGACCUCCCCCACAGCCUGCCAGCGACAGGCAUGGUGAGGGUGCGGCGCUAUGAGGCGAAGAACGGGGAAGUGGAAACGUGGGAGCAGAAAGAGGUGGUGAUGCAGGGUGGACAGAUCAUCAAAUAUGAUGAUAUAAAGUUUAUAAACAAAUAAGAACAGAGGUUGGCUGUAAAAACGUGCCCAGAGGCUAGCCCUCAUGACGUUAUGCUGUUAUACAGGAUGCUGGUUAGAUGGUGCUUUCAAUGGUAGGUUGAACUUUAACCUUUGAAAUCUUCUUUAACUUGGCACCAUGAGAGAGCAUGUAGAAUACAUUUCUACCGAGCUUGACAAUUAACUGAUAUGCACCCACACCUUUUCCCCCUAUCAUUACAAUGGUCCUGAGGCAUGCAACACAGGUGUUAGAAAUGUGGAACGACGACAGGAAAUCUUACAAAGACUUUCAUCAUACUGUGACAUUUUACAUUAUUCAGACUUUUUGAAUCUGACCAGGUUCCAGCAUAACGUGAAAAAAACUAUUUGUAAAUACUUUCCAUCAUUUGAAUAUCUAUAAGAACUUUAACAGAACUGUGAACACUUAUUCAUAGUAUAUUUUGUGUAUAUCAAAGAAUAAAAUAAAC